AUGUUUCAACAAUUAGUAUAUUUUUUAUUCGUCUUAUUUAUUUCAUCAUCAAAUUCAAAUCGUAUUUCAUUAAUUGGUAAUGAUUGGACAAUAACUAAUAAAAUAAAUCAUACAGCACAAGGUACUAUACCUGGUACAAUUCAUACAAUACUUUUAGCUGCAAAUCAAAUUCCUGAACCAUAUAUGGAUUAUAAUGAUGUUGAUUUACGUUAUUUAAUACAUACUAAUUGGAUAUUUACAAAAAAAUUUAAUUUAACUUCAGAUUUUCUUGCUUCAAAUCAAAUUACAAUACAUUUCGAACAAAUUGAUACAGUUGCUAAUAUAACAUUAAAUACAUGUCCUAUUGGUAGAACUAAUAGUAUGUUUAUACCAUAUAUAUUUAAUAUAACAAAUUCAUGUUUAAAAUUUGAAAAUGAAAUUCAAAUUGAUUUUGAAUCUCCUGUUCUUUAUGCAUUAAAACAAGCUGAUGCAUAUAAUGACACAGUACCACCACUAUGUACACCUAAUGUUCAAAAUGGUGAAUGUCAUGUACAAUUUAUUCGAAAAGAACCAUGUUCAUUUAGUUGGGAUUGGGGUCCAGCUUUUGCUCCAAUUGGUAUUCCAGGUAAUAUAUAUCUUGAAGGUGUAAAUACAACAGAUAUAAUUAUUGAACUUGAAAGUGUUAAUCUUGCGUCAUAUAAUGCAGUAGAUAAAACUUGGCAAGUUGAUGUUAUGUUGAGUAGUAAUAAUGAUCAAUUUACAAGUAAAUUCAAAUUUAUAUUACACGAUACAACAUGGUCAUAUGAAACUACAGUAACACUUAAUCAUAAUCUAUCAAUAUUUUUAACAAUACCAGAUGAACAAGUAUUACAUUGGUGGCCAAAUGGAUAUGGUGAUCAACCAUUGUAUACUUUAGUUAUAUCAAAUGAAGACAAUAUAAUUGGUUCACGUUUAAUUGGUUUUCGUACAGUUCAACUUAUUCAACAUGACUAUGGAACAGGAAUAAAUGGAUCAUCAUUUUAUUUUGCUAUUAAUUUUCAACCUAUAUUUAUAAAAGGUAGUAAUUGGAUACCACCAGAUUCAUUUCAAGAACGUGUUAGUGAUGAAAAACUUGAACGUUUACUUCGUUCAGCUCAAUUAUCUAAUAUGAAUAUGUUACGUAUAUGGGGUGGUGGAAUAUAUGAACGUGAUUCAUUUUAUGAAAUAGCUGAUCGUUUAGGUAUAAUGUUAUGGCAUGAUUUUAUGUUUGCUUGUAGUCUUUAUCCUGUUGAUGAAUCAUUUUUAACAAAUGUUCAUGAUGAAAUUAUUUAUCAAGUUAAACGACUUCAACAUCAUCCAUCUAUUGCACUUUGGUCAGGUAAUAAUGAAAAUGAAGCUGCUGUUGCACAAAAUUGGUAUAGUGUACCAGUAGAAAAAAUGAAUAAAACAAAAGAUGAUUAUAGAAAAUUAUAUGUUGAUACAAUUAUGAAUGCUGUUAAACAAGUUGAUAAAGGAAAUAAUCGACCAUUUGUUACUUCAUCACCAUCAAAUGGUCUUGAAACAAUAGUUGAAAAUUAUAUUGCUAAAGAUCCUCAAGAUCCACUUUAUGGUGAUGUUCAUUUUUAUGGAUAUCAAGAUGAUUCAUGGGAUCCAACAACAUAUCCAAUAACUCGUUUUCUAUCUGAAACAGGUAUUCAAUCAUUACCAAGUUUAGAUACAUGGUAUGAAACGACAAUGAAUUCAUCGGAUUUAAAUUUUAAUAGUUCAUUUAUUUUACAUCGUGAACAUUCAGAAAAUCAAUUAACUGCAAUGAUGAAACAUAUUGAAAGUAAUUUACCAUUACCAGUAACAAAUGAUUCAUUGAGAAAUUUUGCUCAAUUAAUUUAUUUAAGUCAAAUAAAUCAAGCUAUGACAUUAAAAAGUAUAAGUGAUCUUUGUCGACUUCAUUCAUCAAUAGAUAUGAUUAAUCCAAAAACAAGUCAAGGUCAUACCAUGGGCUUAAUGUAUUGGCAAAUAAAUGAUAUUUGGCAAGCACCAACAUGGGCAACAAUUGAAUAUGGAUUAAAAUGGAAAAUGAGUCAUUAUUAUGUUGGUCAUAUGUAUGCACCUGUUUAUCCUAUUGCUACGCUUACACCUUAUUUAGCUAAUGUUACAGAUGAAAAUGCUCAAGUUUCAUUUUAUGUUGUUAAUGAAUUACUCAAUAAUACACGUGGUGAUUUAUUAUGUUCGAUUUAUGGGUUAGAUACAUUGUCUCCUCGUUUAUCAUUUGGAAAUAAUAUUUUAUUUAAUUCACUUGGUGUACAAAAUACUAUGAAUUAUUCUUAUUCAUUAUUAAUGAAACGUGUUGAUUGUCAAGAUAAUUCUCCAUGUAUAAUUCAUUGUUUAUUAAAUUAUAAUCAACAUCAAAUAGGACAAACUUUAUUUUUAAAUCGACCAAAAAAUUAUCAAUUAUUAAAUCCUAACCUUCAAAUUGAAAGUAUUAAACAGAUAGGACCAACAGAUUUUAAUAUAACAAUUACUGUUGAUCGACCAGCUUUAUUUGUAUGGCUUGAUAUAUCAGCUAAUGUAACUGGUUAUUUUUCACGAAAUGGAUUUCAUAUGUUUCAACCAAGCAUGACUGUUACUUUUCAUUCAUGGACACCAAUUACAGAUUUUAAUAAGGAUAAUUUUGAUAUACGUCAUACUUCAUUGUUUGAUGUUACAUUACCAUAG